ACAGGGACAAUACUUUUUGUGCAGUGUACAUUCACAUUCAAGCUGUCUUGGUGUUUUAGCUAAUCCAUACCUGCGACUAUGCUGCAAGGAAGAUGGAAAGCGCCAAGAAGAGGACCUCUCAAUUUGUUGUUUGGGUGCCUUUUGCUUUGUAUGGGAAUAAGACUGCAGCCUACGCACGCGGAAGGGCAUGAAACUGUCUUUGUUCCAGGAAUUUGGUUGGAUGACGAGAGGGCUAAGUGCCUGGAUGGCUCCAAACCAGUAUAUUAUCAUCGACCAGGAUGGGGAGACGGUGCUCGGAAAUGGAUUCUCUUUUACGAAGGUGGAGGAUGGUGCGCUGACAAGCAUGAGUGCUAUGACCGUGCCAAAACUCACUUGGGCUCCAGUCACACUUACGAAGAUACGAUGGGUGAGAAGGGAGGCACCCGGAACGCAUGAGGAGGUUGAUGGAGGCCUGCGAGCUUACACCCACGGUUCCCGCCCCGCCUUCCCCUCGGUAGCCUUGGAAUGGGAUAUGGUCUCGAGUGACCCAGAGACGAAUCCAGGCCUGCAUAAUUGGAACGUUGUUUUCGUCAAGUACUGCGAUGGAAACUUCUGGUCGGGUGCUACGAUGGAUACCGAAGAGAUGCACGACCUCAGGUUGCAUUUUCGAGGAAAAUUCAUCCAAGAGGCCAUCAUGAGAGACUUGACAGACUUCAUGGGUCUCGACAAGGGAGAAGAGCUUGUCUUCGCCGGCUGCUCAGCAGGAGCCAUGAUAGCCUACCUCCAGGUUGAUUAUUGGGCCGCAUCGGGGCUUAUCCCUCCAUCUAUUCGCAAGGUAAGGGUCAUGGCUAGUGCCGUCGGACGAAGAAGCGGCGGCGGAACUUGUCGUGGGAGGCUUGUCUUUCCAACGCUCUGGAGGAAGAAAUCGCUGCUUCGUUGA